CUAACUUACUAGCGGCAUGGAAAUCUUAUGUCAUCAGCCCUGUUUCUGUGCAGUGACAGUGACAGUGGCACCUCAGUGAAUGGAUGUGGUAAUGUGUGCUAUGUUCCAAUAAACCUCGCGCAGGCAGUUGCAGUAAGAAAUUCAGAAAAGUCCGCCCACCAACCACCUCACGGGGAUCAACUUCUUCUAUACAUUUUCUUCUCAACCUUCUACAGCAUCUCUCAUCGCAAAAAUGCAGCGACAUUACGGCCAACCGCCGCCUCCCACAUCUCCACCGCUACACCAUCCAGUUCCUCAGCAUGUAUCUACCGUACCGCAGUUACGCUCUCCUCCUCCUCCCAUGCCCCAACAACAGCAACAAUCUUAUGGCGGAAAUCCCUAUCAAGCACAAGGAGGGCAGGGAGGAAACAAUGCCUUUGGCGCAUAUGGCGGAUUCAUCAACGAUCCCACGGCGCAGAUGGGCUUUCAAGUCGGCCAAACCGCAUUAAAGCACGGUACAGAGUACAUGGAACAAAACGUAUGUAGAGGCCUUGAUUCUCUACCGAGAACUCAAACCGUAUACGAAUACUAAAACCACUGCUUCCAGUUCAAACAAUACGUCAAUGUCUCCGCGCUCAAACAUUACUUCAACGUCUCCAACUCAUACGUCGUCAACAAGAUAUUCCUCGUUCUCUUCCCCUGGCGCCACAAGCCCUGGUCGCGCAAACAAUCCAUCGGUCCAAAUGGGCAAGAAGGAUGGUUUCUCCCCCCACGAGACGACCUGAAUAGUCCCGACAUGUACAUCCCCGUCAUGGCACUGGUCACCUACAUCCUACUUUCCACUCUACUCGCCGGUCUUCGAGGGGCUUUCCAACCCGAGUUACUGGGGUACACGGCUACAUGGGCAUUCUUCAUAGUGCUCAUUGAGAUUCUCGGGUUGAAAUUGGGAUGCUAUCUCCUCUCCAUCUCGAACGAGUCGCAACUCCUGGAUUUGGUCGCGUACUCGGGAUAUAAGUUUGUGGGCGUGAUUGUGACUUUGGUGGUCAGUGAGGUGGUUAAUGGGGGCAAGGGGACGGGAGGGUGGAUUGGAUGGUCGAUAUUUGGAUAUUGUUUCUUAGCCAAUGCGCUCUUUUUGGUAAGACUAUCCCCCUUCUAUUUCAAGACGAGAACUAACACAUCCAGUUGCGCUCACUAAAAUACGUUCUCCUCCCCGAAAACACCACCGACGACCGAGGAACCAUGCAAACCGUCGCACGAUCGCAAAAGAGUCGUCGAACCCAAUUCUUAUUCUUGUAUUCAUACCCCGUCCAACUAGUUUUCAUGUGGGGUCUCACUUCUUCCAUGUAAGGAGCAUCUGGACUGAGAAACGGAAACGGGAAAGUAAAAGGGAAAAAAAGGAGCGCAUCUUUUCUGGCGUCUGGACUUGGGCGGAGACGGAGAUUGUGCGGUGGUAGAAUCAAAGACAUGGAAAAGCGUUGGGAAUGAGGACAGGC